CUCUCUCUGAAAAAAAAAACACACACACACACACACAUUAUUAUUGUUCAUUUGAUUCUGUAUUCUCCCAAAAAAAUGGCGAAUCAAGGUGGCGGGACCUUGAAAUCGACGUCGAUAAAUGGGGUGAAGAUGUACACCGUCACCGGCCAGCACCGGUCAUUGGCCACCUGGCUUCCUCCCAAGAAGCUCCGAGCUCUCCGCAAAGACAAAGAUUAUAUGCAGAGAGUGGAUUUGAUCCAGGAUUUGAGGUUUGAAACUGCAACAAGUAGAAUUAAGGCAACAUCAGAUGGGGAAUACCUUAUUGCUUCAGGAAUAUACCCACCACAAGUCAAAGUGUACGAGUUACGUGAGCUAUCCUUGAAAUUUGAAAGGCAUUUGGUGUCAGAGAUAGUAAACUUUGAGGUCUUGAGUGAUGACUAUUCAAAGAUUGCGUUUCUCUGUGCUGAUCGUUCUGUUUGCCUACAUGCCAAGUAUGGAAGUCACUACACCUUGCGGAUUCCAAGGAUGGGAAGGGAUAUGGCAUAUGAUUGCUGGUCGUGUGACUUGAUCUGUGCUGCUUCAUCUCCGGAUGUAUAUAGAAUAAAUUUGGAACAGGGCCGGUUCUUGUCCUCUCUUAACACACAAUCCCCAGCACUAAAUGUUGUCUCUCGAAGCAUGGUCCAUGGAUUGGUUGCCUGUGGUGGAGAGGAUGGUGCUGUAGAAUGCUUCGACACUAGAGCUAGAUCUUCAGUUGGCAGGAUAAAUGCUGUUGCAGCUGCUGGUGACAUUGAUCAGGAGGUUACUGCAAUACAAUUUGACUGUGAUGGAGGUUACCUCAUGGGUGUUGGAAGUAGUGCUGGGAAGGUUUUGAUUUAUGAUUUACGCUCUUCAUAUCCUGUGCGAAUAAAGGAUCACAUGUAUGGCAGCCCGAUACUGAGCAUCAAGUGGCAUAAGACUCUUAAUUCAGAUAAACCGAAGUUAAUUACCGCUGAUAAACACAUUGUUAGGAUCUGGGACCCUGAGACAGGUGAAGGGAUGACCAGCAUUGAACCGACGGCUGGGAAAAUCAAUGACCUAUGUGUGUUUGGUGGAAGUGGGCUGAUGUUAUUGGCUUUGGACAACAGCCAAAUCCCUUCUUAUUUCGUACCUGCCCUUGGACCGGCUCCAAAAUGGUGCUCUUAUCUUGAGAACUUGACGGAGGAGCUGGAGGAGAAUGCGCAAACAACUAUUUAUGAUGAUUUCAAAUUUUUGACCAAAGAAGACCUUGCGAAGUUGAAUUUAACAAACUUGAUUGGAACCAAUCUUCUAAGAGCAUACAUGCAUGGUUACUUCAUUGACUAUCGGCUGUAUAAAAAGGCACAAGCUUUGGCAGAUCCAUUUGCUUAUGAAUCUUAUAUAGAGAGACGGAAAAAAGAAAAGCUGGAAGCUGAACGCGCCUCAAGAAUUACAAUCAAGAGAAAGUUGCCAAAAGUUAACCGUGGUCUUGCAGCUCGACUUCUUGAAGAUGAAGAUGCUGAGAAUGAAGGGAGAGACAUUGAUAAUGGUGAUACUAAGAAAACAUCCAAGAAAAAGAAAGGACUAACCAGUGAGGUCAUGAAGGACGACCGAUUUGCCGCAAUGUUUGAAAACAAGGACUUUGAGAUUGACGAGUUUUCACAAGAAUAUUUGGCUUUCCACCCAAUAGCAUCCACGAAGCAACCAUCUUUGGUCGAGGAGCAUUUUGAGCCUGUAAUGGAAGAUGAAGACCUUGAUGCAGAUGAUUCAGAUGUAUCGGCAGCCAGCCAAUCUUCUGACAAUGAGGAUGCUGGUGGCAGAAAGAAAUCACGAGUUCCUAGGUUGUACGAGGUGAAGGAUGAGCGACACGCAGAAGCCUUCUCAAAUAGCAGAUCACUAGCAAAGGAGGACUCUCUUUCAUUAGGAGAAAGGGCUGCAGCUAUGGCAAAUAUAUCAAGAGAUGCUAGUGGUGUUAAGGUGGGAGCAGGAGGGUCCCGUGAAAUAUCCUUUAUUUCCAGAAGCAAAGCAAAGUACAAAGAAUAUGAUGAGGACGAGGAGAGACUGCCUCAGAAGAGGAGAGGAGUCCAAUCUUUGAAACUGAAACCAGAUAGAUCAAGUUUUCGAGGCCGUGGGAGGGGAGGAAGUCGUGGAAGAGGCGGAGGAAGUCGUGGAAGAGGCAGAGGAAGGGGUCGCAGGUGAACUGAAGUUUAAUUAUGUAACCGUGUGUAUACUGUAUACUUCUUGUCGGCCCUUUUGCUCAAGCACACUGGAGGGGUACAGCAUUGACAAAGUUAACGACUAGAAGAGCAAAUUUUGCUGCUCUGUUGCUCACGACGAAGUUUUGCAGUUUUCAGGGGCACACAUCCUUCAAUCAUCUAUUUUGAAGGCGUAUUAGGAGGGUACUUAGUGGAGAAGGCGGCUCUUUAUGUCCACCUUUUAUAGUUCAAUUCCUCGGAAGAGGAAUUCAUUUUUGGUUCAAUAGGUCUGAUGCUUUUCUGGUGACUUAAACCUUGAUACGUUAGAUCAAAUGCAUGAGAUCAUUCGCCUCUCUUUACUA